AUGACAAUUCAAGAAGAAGUCGAUGUUGAUACAAACAAUCCAGCUGCUUCUGCAUCCUAUCAAACUGGAACUUCAUUGAUGCCCAUAAGAAAAGUAUCUGGAGAUGAUCAAAUGUGGACCUUAUUCUUGCAAAUGCCGGUUGGUACCGAAUGCAUCUUUAAAUGA